AUGGAUAACGAGUCUGCCUACGGAGCAGAAGAUUGCAGGUUCGAAUCCUGCCGUGGUCGAGAACUUUUCGCUCCACGCCUUUUGGUCUGCCAAUCACCGCUGGUGUGCCACGAAAUCCAAAAUUCCACAGUAGGCCGCGUGGCGCAAUGGAUAACGCGUCUGCCUACGGAGCAGAAGAUUGCAGGUUCGAAUCCUGCCGUGGUCGAGAACUUUCGCUCCACGCCUUUUGGUCUGCUAAUCACCGUUGGAGUGCCACGAUAUCCAUCCACAGUAGGCCGCGUGGCGCAAUGGAUAACGCGUCUGCCUACGGAGCAGAAGAUUGCAGGUUCGAAUCCUGCCGUGGUCGAGAACUUUUCGCUCCACGCCUUUUGGUCUGCUAAUCACCGUUGGAGUGCCACGAUAUCCAUCCACAGUAGGCCGCGUGGCGCAAUGGAUAACGCGUCUGCCUACGGAGCAGAAGAUUGCAGGUUCGAAUCCUGCCGUGGUCGAGAACUUUUCGCUCCUCGCCUUUUCGUCUGCUAA